GAAAGCGAAUGCUGCAUUUUAACGCCACUAACAUCGGUGCCAUGUUGACCAAGGAGGAAGCUAGUUAGGCAACACACCGGCUACGUCACUUCCGUCCUUCAUCAACACUGUUGUAGCCUCGUUGCUAGCAGGAUGCCAUGCCACAAUCAGCAGCUGAACAAUGUCAGCAGUGGCCAGGAGCAUCCAAUGAAGCAAGUGCGGUUCGCAAACAACAGCGGCAGCAGUAAUAUGCCCGCAGUGCUGAACAACCCUGAACCGAGUGAGAUCUCCACACAGCCUAUUGUUGGCCAGGACAAUCUGGGACCUCAGCUAAAACUUCUACCUCUGAAUGACCAGAUCCGGGAAUUACAGACAAUAAUAAGAGACAAGACAACCAGCAGAGGCGAUUUUGUUUUCUGUGCAGACAGACUGAUCCGACUUGUUGUAGAAGAAGGCUUGAAUCAACUUCCGUACUCAGAAUGUACUGUAACAACACCCACAGGGUACAAGUAUGAUGGUGUUAAGUUUGAAAGAGGAAACUGUGGAGUCAGCAUCAUGAGAAGUGGUGAGGCUAUGGAGCAGGGUCUGCGGGACUGCUGCCGCUCCAUCCGCAUCGGCAAGAUCCUCAUCCAGAGCGACGAGGAGACGCAGAAAGCAAAGGUCUACUACGCCAAGUUUCCUCCAGAUGUGUACAGAAGAAAAGUGCUGCUCAUGUACCCCAUCCUCAGUACGGGCAACACUGUGAUUGAGGCGGUGAGGGUGCUGAUAGAGCACGGAGUCCAGCCCAAGCAUAUAAUCCUCCUCAGCCUCUUCUCUACACCUCAUGGAGCCAAAUCUAUAAUCCAGGAGUUCCCAGAUAUCACCAUCCUGACCACAGAGGUUCACCCAGUGGCUCCUACACAUUUCGGUCAAAGGUAUUUUGGCACAGAUUGAACUGAAGACAAUCUGAGGAACAAGAUCAAGUAUUUUUAUGGUAUAUUUUGCCUAGAAUCCUCUUCUUCUUUAAAAGCCAAAUGAACUGGAAGUUAAUUGAUAAAAUUUCCAAACUCAUGCAAAUGGAGUAAUUAUAUUUAUUGUUUCUUGCUUUGUAUAAGUAAAAAUGAAAAACUCUACAGAGUUUGGUGUGGACAGUUUUAUUUUGCAUGUUACAACUGACGGAUCAAUAAAGAAUUUAUAUUUGUUUACAGAC